UGCGCAUGCGUGUGUACCACCGAGGAAGGAGUUGAGAAGAACGGACAUUGUUUCCCUCGUCUACAUUUUCGUCCUUGUUUUUACAGACUUAAUGGAAGUGAAAGAGGAAACUCAAGAACUGAAUGACGUGGAUCAGAAACAUCAGUCUGAUAAACCUGAUAUUUUAAUAACUGGCGAGGAAUCUUUAAGUUGCUUACAGGCUGAAAAGAAAUUCUUACAAAAAAGAACUCGAAGAACAAGAGGCAAAAAAAUAUUCACAUGUCCUCAGUGUGGAAAGAGUUUUGCAUUAAAUGGAGAUCUACAGAAGCACAUGAGAAUUCACACCGGAGAGAAACCUUUCAAAUGUACUCAAUGUGGAAAGAGUUUCACGUUAAAGGGAAACCUUAACAUUCACUUAAAACUUCACUCUGGAGAGAAGCCUUUCACCUGCCAUCAUUGUGGGAAGCGUUUCACACUAAAAGGAGAUCUUCAGAGGCACCUGAGAAUUCAUACUGGAGAGAAGCCUUUCACAUGCCCUCAGUGUGGACUGUGUUUCACACAAGAAGGACACCUUAAGAGGCACUUAAGUCUUCACUCUGGAGAGAAGCCAUUCACAUGCCCUCAGUGUGGAAAGAGUUACACAGAUAGAGGACAGCUCGAGAUUCACAUGAGAAUUCACACUGGAGAGAAGCCUUUCACAUGCCAUCAGUGUCGAAAGAGUUUCGCAAAGAAAGGAACCCUAAAGUGUCACUUAAGAAUUCACACUGGAGAGAAGCCUUUCAUGUGUCUUUAUUGUGAAAAGACUUUCACACAAGCAGGCCAUCUCACAACUCAUCUGCGCUAUCACUCUGGAUUAAAGCCAUUUAACUGUGAUCAGUGUGGCAAAAAUUUUACACUGGCAUCACAUCUAAAGGUACAUCAGACAAGCCAUGCAAAUGAGAAGCCUUACGUGUGUUCUUUGUGUGGAAAGAGUUUCAAUAGUUCAGGACACCUGAGAACCCAUGAGAGAGUGCAUACUGGAGAGAAGCCAUACCACUGCACUCAGUGUGGGAAGAGUUUCACCCAGUCAGGUCAUCUACAGAGACAUUUAAAAAAGCAUUGUCCAAAGUUCUCCAAGUGAGCAAAGUUCAUAUUCAGGGUCAACAAUUAAUGCAAUACUAUUAAUGUAACAACUUAAUAGAGAUCACUAGAUCUGCUUGCUGUUGUCAGAAAAUCAGACACAAAUUAGAUAGGGACAGAAUGAUGACAUUAGAAAGCAUAUAAAUUACUUUAACAAUUAUUUACCAAAAGUCAUUAAUAUUAGAAUGACCGAAUUAACUGUAAACAUAUCACAUAAAAAGAGAUUGAUUUAAAUUGAAUUCACUUUAUAAUUUGUCACCAUUGAAUUGAGUUUUGGUGACUUCUGUAAACAUUAUUAGAAAUUAUCGUUUUAAAAGUUCCUGCUUUUGCUAUAUACACAUCCGUACAUGACCUGGCAAACAGAUCUAUCUAUCCACCUUUUUCCCAAACGCGGAAGUGUUCCACGAUUUGACUGUAUUCAGUUUAUGGUCUUAAGUAUUUCCACUCCCAUCAGCCAAUAUUCUUAGUGGGUAAUGUAAUGUUUAAGGUAUUACAUUUGAAAAAGUUGUCAAAAAACAUGUUGUUCUAUAGUGGCGAUACUUAACAGAGUCAAGAGGACCAUUUUUAUUGAUAGUGCCUCACCUGAGUGGGUAGAUGACAUGAAGCGAUUUGUCCGAUAAUUUACAGAUAGACCCUGGCCCACACAGUAUUGGGUCCUUAAUCGUCUGCAUUUAGUCAAAGAACAAAAACUGUGUUCCUGCGUCGAGAGUUUGCAUCCAGCCCCUGACAGCCCAUAAAUUAUUAAAUAAGUAAAAACAUUCAAAUAAUGGAAUUUAUUUUUUAAACACCUGACAAUAUUAAGAGGUAGCUAAGACUAUAUUGUACGACAUGAAGGCAUGACAGACAUUACAUUAAAACAUUUACACAAAUCUGCUGAAGCUACUGUGUCCCACGUCUUUUCCUUUGCUAAUAAAUCCUUGAAUAAGAAAUGCUGAGGGUUGUACAGCACUUUGUAUUUCUCAGCCUCCACAGUCAGUCCGGUCUUGUCCAUUGCUGUGGCCAUGCAAAUCUGAAUGAGGUAAAUUGUUGCUUCAACGACAAUGAUGGGCAGUCAUGUGCAUUUGUUUGUUUAACAGUGAACUUGUGAUUGGUUAAUGAACAAAAGCAAUGCAGUUCAUUUAUUCAUAUUUUUUAGUUAAUUUGUGCUUGUUUAUGCAGAUUUUUAGUUUAUCGUCAGCUCGGGAAUGUAUAAAUAAAGAUUUCAUUAAAAAAUCAACUAAGUUUUGAUCUAAUUUUCUUCAAUAAAUAGUCUGCAACACUGCUUCAAUGAAAAUGUUUUUAUUUUUUUUAAUCUAACUUUAAAAAAGUAAGUUCCAGCUGCCGAGUUCACCCCCGCAAACGGGUAGAUGGAUGGACGCAAUGUUUGGCUUUCUGUGUCGUCAUUUGUAACUGUUUGUGUCCAUUUGACCAAAGUAAUUUAUGGUUAUUUUCUUCACCAAAUGUGAUGCAUUGUCUUGUCUUUUUAUUGCUUUAUCUCCAUAAAAUGCAUUUAUUUCUCCAUAAAAUAGUUUACAUAAAUGGAACACAGCCUAAAUAAAUGUGAAUGAGCAAAAUCAAGUGAAUGCCAUAUAGUGCACUAUAUAGGUAAUAGAGAGUGAUUUCAAAUUGUUCUGAAGGGAACUUACCAGUUAAAAGCUAAAUGCAGGUUGAUUAAAGUUACCUGAUCAACGACACGUGACAGCUGCAAAAAGAUAAAACAUACUCAUAAAUGUGCUUGACAAGUUAAGCCACCUCAGUUCUGCCACAUCUCCCAUUAAAAAUCAAUAGGAACUUGCAGGUACAACAUACCAUGUAAAACGCAACUAAUAGUUUUAAUUCUAUAACCCUGCUUGAUUUAAACAUGGGCCUUAUCUGUAUGCACAUGACACAUUUCCUUUGUAAAUACUGCUGCAAUAAAUGUUAGCAUUACAUAACUAUGUAACACUUUUAUUUCACAGUCUGUUAUUCAUAUUGUCUGUUUGUGUGUGUGUCCAUCAAAUCAUUGUUACAUCUUGUUAUCCUUUAUUCAUAUCAGAUCCACAAUACUUGUAACAUUAGUAUUAUUUUCUGUAUGCAGCCACACAUAAGCCAAACCUUGUUCUUAAAUGUAUCUGUGACUCUAAUAUUAGAGUCUGGCGCAAAUGAAGAACAUUCAGUAAAAACUUUUAUUCUAUCUAUUGCAUGUUUUUGAAAAUAAUUAUGCAGUGAUGCAAACUCCUCACCUUUUCACAAAAUUAGCAGUUUUGAUACCAAAAUGGGUCACUUUUGUGAUUCGUUCAGAUCCGAAGAGUUUUUGUUUUGGGGGGCAUGCUUGGCAACAGCAGUCCUACCGAAGUAGAUCGCUUGAUUGAUUACAGCUACAGCAGCACGUGCACAGUGAUUCUAUGUCUCAUAGGAUUGCAGCGUGAAGGGCUCGGAAAAAGUGACACUCGUAAAACUUUUCAUUAUAAAAACAAACUGUAGGCGCUUGUUCGUUAACUUCGGCAUCGGCAAGUAAGUCUACCUUGUUCAUCAAGGAGAGAAAGGGGCGGAAGAGCUAUUAAUAUGUAAAAGUGACUGUUUAUACACAUUAAGGGGCAUUCACAUGACUUGCGUCAGCACAAUCCCAGCUCUAACUUUACACAAGUGUUUUUUUGUCCAAAUUUAUAAAGAUAUUGCAUGUGUCAUAACUUUUAUUUUUAAUAUGAAAUAUUACCUUACUGUUUCAGAGUAUCCAGAAACCCCAGUUAUUGAAAUACAGUAACAAGGAAACCGUUAAGACUUUAACAUAAAUGAGUCCUCAUUACUUUCUGCAAGCAAAGCAAUUGCCAUUUUAUUUUUUUCUCUUCUAAAUAUGUGUUUUUAAUGUGCACACCUCCCGCUUUCUUGCAUAGCAAACUUAUAAAAUCGCCCCUUUGUGGCACUUUCUGCAAUGCUUGUCAUGUGGAGGGUAAAGUGGCGCUUGACGCUGGUGUUGAGUGGAGCAUUGACGCCCCCACGCAAGUCAUGCGAAAGGCACUUUACAAUGACAAAAGGACAUUAUUAUAACUCAUACUAAUUAUUAUUAUUAUUAGGCUGUUAUUGUUGUGUUUUCUGAUAAAAGUCAUGCUCAGC